UCUGAAAGGUUUUGAAAAUUGUCUUGGAAACCAUUCAUGCAUUCUUUGAAAUGCAAGCUGCCAUUUAAUUGUGGAUGGUUCGAUGUAUUUUCUCCCCACACAGAACAGCCAAAACCAAGUAAAGUUGCUGAUUCUUCACGACGGUUCACGCACAAAACCAAGCAAGGUGUAUCUGGAAUGAUGCUUCGCACAAUUGUAGCAAUUGCUGCCAUAUUUGUUCUCUGCUGUGAUGCAGACAAGAAUCUGGAGGAUGGUGAUCUCAAGGUUAACAUAAGAGGACAAUCUGGAAAGAUCACGUUUUCAAGAAAGGGUAAUUCUCUGACCGUCAAUUUCGACUACAUCAAAGAAUUGGAUAAGGAUGGCAAUGAAGUUGGUACAAGUGGCAGUAAGAAGCAUUCAAUCAACAGUUUUGCCAAAGAAUCAUUCACCUUCAAAACAGCUGGUUUGAAAACAGAAUACCAAAACAUCUCUGUCAAGCAUACCCAGUUUGAAGCAACAAUUUCUGGUCCUGGAGCAAAACUCAUUGUUGAUAUCUUCAUCUUUAAAGGAAGUGGAAAUAUAAAAACUUCCAAAAAUGAGACGUUGGAAGUUAAGAAGGGUACUGCCAAGUUUAACAUCAAGUUAGAGAGCUGGACAUUCUGUGGAGGAAGUGGAGGAGACUCUUGCUCAAAAGGCGGUGCUCAAGAAAUUGGUAACCAAAUAGAAUUGGGUAUUGAGAUUAAAGGAAAAAAGAAGCCAUUAAAGAAAGGAAAAGGAAAAGGAAAGGGCCGCAAAGUUGAGACAUUUGACCUUGGAGAUGGUGAUUGUACUCUGAGUGGUGCAGUCGAAGUUGAUGGUACUUGGAAAGAAAUGGUCGCUUCCUACCCAAAAGUUGAAACUAAAGGUGCCAAGACACUGUUCAUGUUCCGCUUUCCGAAGUUCAGCAGCAAAGUCAUCUAUGACCCAACAGUGGAGCUUUCCGCGGCUGGUGGAAGUUCAGCAUUGAAAGUUGGCAUCUUAACAGUGCUUGCAUCCAUCUUGGCACUUAUGAAGAUUCUUUCGUAAAUUCCUUCUAAUAAGACUGUGAACAUUUGCUUACUGCUUCAUUUCUGUAGUUUGUUUAAUGUGCUAACUUCAUUUUUAUGACACAGAUUAUUUGUUCUGUUUAAAAUCAUUUGUUCAAGUUGACUUGGUCAUUUGAUAGGCCAUACCGAAUUUUUUGAAAAGCACCGUUUUCUUUGGUUUUUACUGACAACAGCUGUUUACGUUUUCAUAUUGAACAGGGGUGGAACAAUGAUCCCCAACUGAUUGUUGGAACAGAUGCACUUAUCCAAUCAUACAAGGGAACAGGAGGAGAAUUUUAGAAAGCACACCAGCGUUGCAACCAUCAUUUGCGCAUUGCAUUUGUCGAAAUUCAACAAAUUAAAAAGCACUUCCCCAUCUACUUGGACCUUAUUAUCAAGAAUAGAAGCUGCUCCUGUCCACCCCAUUACUUUGGAUAUCCCGCUAGAUUUUGUGACUACGGUGGUCGAGCAACCAAUCAAGAAUAGCCAAAACUAAAAACACAAAAAUCACACAAUCCCCCCUUCCCUUUUCCUCGCAUUCAGAACCUGUAGUAAAAAAUAUGUAUUACGAACCAUUCAGCUGGACUAAUUAUAUUUUCGUAAUUGUUGCUUCACCUAUCCAUUUAUCGCUUUAAGUGUCAAUCUUGCUUGCAUAGUCAAUAUUAAUUAAAAUUGAUAUUGCUUUUGUGUCUA